AUGCGUUUGUCACUCAAACAGGGGCUUGCAGCCUUUGUCGCGACUCUAUGCAGCCUAAAUGCAGUGGCAGUGGCGGAUCCUCUGGUUUCGAAGGCGGGCGACACGGCAAUUAUUCCAGGAUGGCAUCUCCAGUCAGUCAUGCGUGUCCCGGAUGACAUGGCCAUGCUAUCAAAGCCAGGACUCAACACCACUCAUUGGUAUCGCGUCACAUCGCGUGGAACAGUCAUGGCCGGCCUCGUCGAGAAUGGCAUGUAUAACGACACGCAUUUGUUCUUUUCCAACAAUAUGGAGAAUGUCGGAGUCAGAGAGAUCUUCCGACAACCAUGGCUGUACCGAGAAGAGUUUACAGUAAACCCAUCUGAAAAUCAAUAUUUCGAUUUGAUCACUCACGGAAUCACCUCGAAAGCUGAUAUCUACAUGAACGGUGCACCCGUCGCAUCCAAAGAGGAGCAGCAAGGUUCAUAUGGUGGACAUAAUUACAACAUAACAGCCCAUAUUCGGGAAGGGAACAACUGUCUUCUCAUCCGUGCAUACCCCACGAACUAUGAUCGGGACUUUGCACAGAGCUUCGAAGACUGGAAUCCCCGGCCUGCAGAUAAUGGCACGGGCGUUUGGCGUAAUGUCGAGAUCUCUCAAACUGGCGCAGUCUCCAUGUCUCCAUUUCGAGUUAAUACGGAUUUCAAGGAUCCCAUGAAUACAAGUGAAAAGGAACAGGUGAACAUUACAUUGACGACUGACUUAAUUAAUCGAGAGUCGAGAAUCGUUCGUGUUACUCUCGAGGGCACCAUAGAACCGCCGAACAGCGGCGAACCAAUCCAAUUUGUUCGAAACUUCCGUCUAAUGCCUGGUAAGAAAUUGAAGGCAUCUAUUAGGGUCGGCGUUAGAAACCCUCAUAUCUGGUGGCCUGCAAGUUGGGGCUCACAGCCUCUGUACUCAGCCCACGCUACCAUGUUCAUCGAUGACGAUAGCCAAAAUAUUUCAGAUCGCUCUCGUUCUGUCAAAUUUGGAAUCAGAAGCACCGACUCAUCUGUCAAUUCACACAAUGAUACCGCAUUCACUGUGAAUGGGCAUCCAUUCGAGGUUCUAGGAGCAGGCUACGGGCCUGAUAUUUUCUUGCGGUACGAUGAAAACCGGAUCCGGACCUUUUUUCAGUAUAUGCUUGACAUGGGCCUAAACACCGUACGCCUGGAAGGAAAACAGGAGCAUCCGGAGCUUUAUGAGUUAGCUGACCGGAUGGGAAUGAUGAUCCUGGCGGGCUGGGAAUGCUGUACCAAAUGGGAAGGCUGGGAGUACAACGACGAUGGCACUGGAUUCAAGUGGGAAGACACUGACUAUAAAAUCGCUGGAGCAGCAAUGCUUCACGAAGCUGAGAUGAUGCAACCACAUCCCUCUAUGCUUGGAUUUUUGGUAGGCUCAGAUUUUUGGCCCAAUGACCGAGCAACAAAAGUAUACAAUGAUGCUUUGUCGCAGAUGGACUGGCGCAAUCCCGUUAUUGCAUCAGCGAGCAAACGUGGAUACCCAGAUGAUCUCGGCCCAUCAGGAAUGAAAAUGGAUGGCCCCUACGACUGGGUUCCCCCGAAUUACUGGUAUGCAGACAAAUUAGGGGCUGGCUUUGGUUUUGGCUCUGAGCUGGGUGCGGGAGUCGGUACACCUGAGAUGGGAACCCUGAAAAGAUUCAUGACGAACGACGAACUGAAUACUCUUUGGACCGAACCCGAUGAGGGAUUAUACCAUAUGUCAAGCAAGAUUUCGUCUUUUUACACUCGAAAAAUAUACAACCGAGGAAUUUACAGUCGCUAUGGCAGGCCAAAAAGCCUAGAGGACUACGUCUUGAAGUGCCAAAUGGCAGACUACGAAGCCACUCGUGCCCAAUUUGAAGCCUACUCUGCUCACCAAAAUGCUUCACGCCCUGCGACCGGUGCAAUUUACUGGAUGUUGAAUAGUGCAUGGCCUAACUUGCACUGGCAGCUCUUUGAUUACUACCUGAAUCCAAUGGGAUCAUAUUAUGGGACAAAGGUCGGAUCUCGCAUGGAACAUGUUGCAUACGACUAUGAGACCGAAAGCGUUUGGCUCAUCAACCACUCGAUCAAGGACGAAGGCGAUCGUCAGGUUUUCGUCGAUUUGAUUGAUGCGGAUGGGAAAAAGAUUUCCAGCACCAAGUUGAAACCCCUUACGUUGCCUACCACUUCCAAACAACUUCACCCGGUGAGUGGUAUUGGCAAGAUCAAGGGCGUGGCAUUCUUGAGGCUUGUUCUGAAAGAUGCCAAAGGAAAGCACGAGCUUAGUCGCAACGUAUACUGGCUUUCGCAUAAGCCUGAUGUAUUGGAUUGGUCAAACUCGACAUGGUAUCACACCCCUGUGACUGAAUAUGCAGACCUCACCAAGCUGGAAUCAUUGGCACCCGCCACCGUCAAGAUGAACGUCAAGAGCUCCAAAGUCAAGGGUCAGAACGGAUGGACUCAUAGGGUGAUCGAACUGGAGAACAAGUCUAAAGUCCCCGCGGUAUUCAUGCACUUGAAUGCGGUCGACACCAAUGGCAAAGAGAUCGCCCCGAUCAUCUGGUCUGACAAUUACAUCACCUUGUGGCCGCAUGAGACGAUCAGCCUUGCUCUUCAAUUCCAAGGCGAUUUCCACUUGUGGAAAUUGGAGCUUUCGGGACGAAAUGUCGAGAAACAAACCCUCAGGGGCAAAUGA